GUCCGUUUAUCCAUUUGAGUAUCCAUUGGUAAAAUUUUCGUUGUGCACUCGUAGAUUGUGAAAUAACACACGUACCGGUAUCCAUCUCGAAGAAACAUAAACUGAAUAACAUAGAAAACAAACUGUUCUUGAAAUUCAUGUUUAAAUUUUUUUUUAUUCACAACGGAAUUAUUAGUAAAUUCAUAUUUGUAUUGAAUAUAUAACAGUUCUUGCUAUUGGAUUAUAAAUAUUCAAAAUAAUACAUAAUCUGUGAAAGAUCAACUAUUUUAUAAUGAAAAAAUUUUUAGAAGUUGUUAUAGCAUCUGUUGUUGUAUCUACACAAGCACUUCCACAAACUUGGUUUUUAGAUUAUUAUAGGAAAUUUAGAAGUAGAUAUGAUUUUAAUAAUAAUGAAAUACCAGUUCGAAAAGAUAUUCAACAAAAAUUUCAAGAAGUAAUAAAUGAUUUACAUAUACCAAAAUCAACAAGUGAAAAAAUUAAACUUUUCAAUGUUUAUGAUAUAAAUAUGUUUCAUGCUGGAACAACAAAUUUAAAAUAUGGUGCUAUAAUUGGAAUUCCAAUAAAUUUUGAAUAUGAUGAUAUUAAGAAUAUGUCAGAACAAGCCAUAACAUUUCGAAAUAUACAAGUUGAUUGGAAUCCAGAAAUUAAUAAAGAAUUUCAAAAAUCAUUAAUACUUUCAGAAGAUGCCCAAAAAUUUUUAAUGGCUCGUAAAAUUUUAACAGUUACAGAAAAUUAUUUGUUAUAUAAAAUAUUUAAUAUAUCUAUAGAUAUAUUAGUGGGAAUAAUAAUAUAUGAAUUGCUGUAUUUAGUAUUAAAUGUUACCAAGAAACAAAGAGGCAAAAAUAUUUUUUGUAUGAGUGUUGCUACAUUUACAAGUGGUUUUUUCUGGUUAUUAAUAAGUAAUGUACAACAUUAUUAUAGAGAACUCCAACUCAAUGAAAAAAUGGUUGCACUUAAUGAUAAAUAUAUUAAAGGUGGUAUAGAAUAUUAUGAAAAAUUAUCAAAGAAUAAAGCCUUAAGAAUACUUUUAGGAAAAAAAGGUACACAUCUAUUUACAUCUAAUGGAAAUGAGAAUACUUUUCUUGAAAAGUCAAUUUCAGUUUCUGAUCAAAUAGAUUAUUUUAAAGCAAGAGUACAAAAUAUCCAAUUAGCAUAGUGUGUAUACAGUGUAUAAUAUAAUAUAUAUUCUAAAAAUUGUAAAAAAAAUUGUAAUAAAAUUGACAUUAAAUUUAUUAUUAUUAAUUUUAAAUUAAUAAAUUAACUUUAUUUAUUAAUAUUUAUUAAUUACAUAAUUUAUGUACAAUACAAAUAUUAUUUUUAAAGAUAUUCUUAUUUAUAAUAAAAUUAAAUAUUUCAAAUUAAACUAUUUAUAAAAUAUUAUAUACUUUUGACAUGUUUGCAUUUUAUUAUAUAAAAAAUUAUAAGAAAAAAAAUAUUUAUAAAGUUAUAACAACCUUAUAACAAUAAUUUUUUUAUUCUAUUAUAAAUGGUUAUAAAAGUUAAUAAGUAAUAGCAUGCUUAUUGACAAACAAUUAAUAUUUAUAAUUCUAUUAUAAUAAAAUUUUAUAUAUAUAUAUAUGUAUAUAUAUAAAAUAUAAUAAGAAGUAAAGUAAUCAUAUCUAAUGUUUUUACCUGUAAAUUCUGUAAAAUUUUUUACAAUAUUUUUCUUUAACAUAUAUUAUAUUGACAGAAUAGAUCUUUUUAAAAUAUAUAUUCUAUAAAUAAAUACAAGAUACUUACAACCUAAUAUACAAAAGUACUUACACAAUUUUUAAAGAUA